CGCGCAAUGUGAGCGCGGCUCCCCCGCACCCUCGCAGAGCCCAGCCCGGGCGGCGGCGGCAGGACGGGGCGGGCAGUGGAGCCAGGCGCGCACAACCGCCAGCGUCGCGGAAGCCGAGCGCGGGCGCCGCCCACUUCCGGUUCGGCGCGCCUUCCCGCGCGGCCGCGGUCCGCACUUUCAGCGCGACUGUGCGUCAGGCACUUCCGUCUGCCGCCCCUGCAUUUCCUUCACCGUCUCCUCAGUCUAGCCCGGGCCGAAUACAGAAAUUUAGAAAUUGGAGACGGCGUGGGUGUAGAAAGAAGGGGCAGGCAGGGCCCCGGCGAAAGUGCAGGGCGGGAUCACCGCGCGCACUUCCCUCCUCGGACGGAAGUCGCCGCGUCCGAAUGGGUCCCGGGGCGGGGCGCUGCAGCUUCGGCGCCUCCGUUUGACCCUGGGCCGCCGCUGGGUCCGGUUCUGUCAGCUGCCGGGCCGCCAGGUUCAUGUGGAGGUUCUCAGGCGUCCGCGCCGCGCUUCGAGUGCUCCGGGCCGCGGGGGAACAGCGCAGCCUGGCCGAGGCUGCGGCCGAAGGGGCGGCCGGCGCGAUGGAGCGAGCCGUGGUGCGCUGCGUGCCGUCCGAGCCCAAGCUGAGCCUGUCGUUUGCGCUGGCCGACGGCAGCCACAAGAACAUGCAGCGCGAUCAGAGCGAGCCGCUGGGGCGGGCCCUGAGCCGGAUCGCGACCAACGCCCUCAAGGGCCACGCCAAGGCGGCCGCGGCUAAAAAGAGCAGGAAGAACCGGCCGAACGCGAGCGGCGGCGCGGACGCGGCGGCGCCGGGACCCGAGCCGGCGGCCGCCCCUGAGCCGGUGGUGAAGCUGUACUACCGCGAGGAGGCGGUGGCCGAGGAUGUGCUCAACGUGGACGCCUGGCAGGACGGCGCGGUGCUGCAGAUCGGCGACGUCAAGUACAAGGUGGAGCGCAACCCGCCCGCCGUCACCGAGCUGCAGCUGCCGCGCUACAUCAUGGCGGGCUUCCCGGUGUGCCCCAAGCUCAGCCUCGAGUUCGGGGACCCCGCGGGCUGUCUCUUCCGCUGGUACAGGGAGGCCAGGCCCGCGGCGGCCGAGCCCGAGGCCGGGGGCGCCUCCUCCGCGCCGCCCCCUCCGCCGCCCGCCGCCUGGAGCGACACGGGCGUGCGGGGGCGCGUCUACACCCCGUCCAACGCCGACGUCGGGCUGCGGCUGCGGCUGCACUGCACGCCGGGCAACGGGCAGCGCCUCGGGCCGAGCCGCGAGCUGGAAAGCGUGCGGCCGGUGGAGGCCGGGCCCGGCAGCUGCACGUUUGACCACCGCCAUCUGUACACCAAGAAGGUGGCGGAGGACGCGCUCGUCCGCACGGUCUCCUACAACCUCCUGGCGGACGCGUACGCGCAGACCGAGUUCUCCAGGACCGUGCUGUACCCGUACUGCGCGCCCUACGCGCUGGAGGUGGACUACCGCCAGAACCUCAUCCAGAAGGAGCUCGCGGGCUACAACGCCGACGUCGUGUGCCUGCAGGAGGUGGACCGCGCCGUGUUCUCGGACAGCCUGGUGCCCACGCUGGAGGCCUUCGGGCUGGACGGCGUGUUCCGGAUCAAGCAGCACGAGGGCCUGGCCACUUUCUACCGGAGGUCCAAGUUCAGCCUCGUGGGCCAGCAUGACGUUUCCUUUCAGGAGGCCCUGGAGUCCGACCCGCUGCACAGAGAACUGCUGGAGAAGCUCGUUUCGUAUCCGCUGGCGCAGGAGAAGGUGCUGCAGAGGUCUUCGGUCCUGCAGGUUUCAGUUCUCCAGUCUACAAAGGACGCUUCUAAAAAAAUCUGUGUUGCUAAUACGCAUCUCUACUGGCAUCCCAAAGGUGGGUACAUUCGUCUCAUUCAGAUGGCCGUAGCCUUGGCUCACAUAAGACAUGUCUCAUGUGAUCUGUACCCUGGCAUUCCUGUUAUAUUUUGUGGAGACUUCAAUAGUACGCCAUCAACAGGAAUGUAUGAGUUUGUCAUAAAUGGCAGCAUUGCAGAGGACCACGAAGAUUGGGCUUCCAACGGGGAAGAGGAAAGAUGCAACAUGUCUCUCAAGCAUUUCUUCAAACUGAGAAGUGCUUGUGGUGAACCUGCUUACACAAAUUACGUUGGUGGCUUUCAUGGGUGUCUAGAUUACAUUUUCAUUGACUCAAAUGCUUUAGAGGUUGAACAGGUGAUUCCGUUACCUAGUCAUGAAGAAGUUACCACCCACCAGGCCUUACCUAGUGUUUCCCAUCCCUCUGAUCACAUAGCUCUUGUAUGUGAUUUAAAAUGGAAAUAGAUUUGUUUAAUGGCAUUUGUUCAAAAUCUGAAAAGGAAAUUACUUUGUAGGAAACUUAAUGUAACGCCUAAAGAGAACAUCUAGCCACUAAUAUAAAAGCUUACGUCGUUCCCUAGUAAUGUUCCAGAUGUCUUUGUCACAAACUAUUCAUCAUGUUUGCAUUGUAUAGUUUCUCUACCUUUUUUCCAUAAACUUGGAGGAAAAACAAAUAUAUUUAUGACUAGCAAGAAGAAAAUUGAAUUGUGUACAUUUUUAGCAGAGUUUUUUUUAAGCUGGUAAUUAAGAAUUUUUAAAAUACCCUUUGAAUGAUCUUUCAUAACACAUUUCAAAUUGAAUCAUGUUUCUAUAAUUAGGGGGAAGGAAAUGCAUACGAGUUAAGGUGGGAGACAAGUUCUGACACUUGGAAUAACUGGAGGGUCUACCUCUACCUCAAUUUGGUUAGCAAUUUACUACAUCUGUAGAGCUUUAACAAAAGAUUAAAAUACAGCAUCACCGAUC